AUGAAAUUCAUACCCAGCAGUUUACUCUGCCUGAGCUUCAUUUGUGGCCUGGGCUCCUUUGCCGUCAGCUACGCGUAUAAGGCUCCAUUUGGUGGUUACUAUUAUCCAAAGCCAGCGAGACAGCCGCUUCUGCCCGAGAACAAUGACAGCUCAUCGCCUGCACCACCAGCGGGUGUGCAAUCGGAUUACAUUGAUGAUCUGAUCGAGAGUCAAAAGCAACAAAUCUUGUCAAAUGUGCUGGGCGUCUCCUCCACAUCCUCCUCGUCUGCGGCUAAUGAGUUUCCACUGUCGCCCUUUAAAGGCGGCGAUGCGAAGGCGUUUCGCGUCAAUCGCUGUGCCAGCUGCACCUGCGGUGUGCCCAACGCCAAUCGCAUUGUGGGCGGCACUCAGGUGCGCUCCAACAAAUAUCCAUGGAUUGCACAAAUGAUACGCAGCUCGUUCCUCUUCUGUGGCGGCACUUUGAUCAACGAUCGCUAUGUUCUGACCGCCGCACACUGUGUCCAUGACAUGGACAUGUCCGCCGUCUCAGUGCGUCUGCUGCAGCUCGAUCGCAGCUCCCAGCAUCUGGGCAUAACACGAGCCGUGGCCUUUGCACAUGCGCAUGCGGGAUACGAUCCUGUCAGGCUGGUAAAUGACAUUGCCCUGCUGCGCUUGGAUCAGCCUGUGCCUUUGGUGCAGUCGAUGAGACCCGUUUGUCUGCCCAGCAGUCCGCUGCAACAGUUCGAUUUCCAAAAGGCAAUCGUUGCGGGCUGGGGUCUGAGUCACGAGGGUGGCUCCACUUCCAGUGUGCUGCAGGAAACAGUUGUGCCCAUCAUCACUAAUGCCCAGUGUCGUGCCACCUCCUACAAGUCCAUGAUUGUCGACACGAUGCUCUGCGCUGGUUACGUCCAAACAGGUGGCCAGGAUGCCUGCCAGGGUGAUAGCGGUGGUCCUCUCAUCGUUCCGGAUCGCAUCUUCCGUCUGGCGGGCGUUGUCUCCUUUGGCUACGGCUGUGCCAAGCCCAAUGCUCCGGGAGUCUAUACCAGAGUCAGCAGAUACUUGGACUGGAUUGCGGCCAACACCAGAGACGCCUGCUAUUGCAUUCAAUAAUUACCUAUUGGAUGUGGUUGCUUAUUUUCUCAGGACAAAGGCAGUUUAAA